AAUAUUUGCAUCUGGCCGGCUGAAGAGGUUUUGGCUUACUACUGCCUCAAGCACAGUGAUGUAUUCAGGGACCUUGCUGUGUGUGAGCUAGGGGGUGGCAUGACAUGCUUGGCUGGGCUCAUGGUUGCUAUUUCUGCAGAUGUCAAAGAAGUUCUGUUAACUGAUGGGAAUGAAAAGGCCAUCAGAAACGUGAGAGACAUCAUCACAAGGAAUCAGACGGCUGGUGUGUUUAAGACUGGGAACGUAUCAAGCUGCGUUUUACGAUGGGAUAAUGAGACAGAUGUCUCUCAACUGGAAGGACAUUUUGACAUUGUUAUGUGUGCUGACUGCCUGUUUCUGGACCAGUACAGAGCCAGCCUUGUUGAUGCAAUAAAGAGAUUACUCCAGCCCAGGGGGAAAGCAAUGGUAUUCGCCCCACGCCGAGGGAAUACUUUAAACCAGUUUUGCAAUCUAGCUGAAAAAGCUGGUUUCUCUAUCCAAAGACAUGAAAAUUAUGAUGAACACAUUUCAAACUUCCACUCCAAGUUGAAAAAGGAAAACCAGGAUAUAUAUGAAGAAAACCUUCAUUACCCACUUCUGCUUAUUUUAACCAAAGAUGAAUAGAAGAUUAAGCUGCUCGAAAGACAAAGAAAACAUCCAGUGCACAGGCAGGAUUUUCACAAAAACAGAAAUCUGUAACGGGUAUAAUAUGCAGUAAGCCGUUGGCUCCCUGAGAUUUUCACGCUCCCAGGACAUGGGCCCCAACUGCCUUUGCAACAUUCCAUGUGUGGGUUCCGGGGUCCACCUGUCCUCACCCACGUUGACUCCCCAGCCGUCCUGCUUGUUGCUCUUCCUGCACCAAACUUUUUUUCCUUUUUUUUGGGGCGGUACACGGGCCUCUCACUGUUGUGGCCUCUCCCGUUGUGGAGCACAGGCUCCAGACGC